UCAUCCUUUAUCGUUGAGAAUGGAACUCCAUCAACUUCGCCUCCUUAUUGGGAUAGUGAUUACGGCAAUGAUGCAGAAAAUGACAAGUGGUGCGCUUCCAAAAUCCAUCGCGCUAAACGUCGGCUCAAAAGAGAUAUAUCAACAAGCUUCUUGUUUCUACCGCCGUUACGACGCGUACGUCGUUUCUGGCUACGACGAAAGGGACCCUGACCACACUCCGGAACCUGCCCACAGUCCGGCCUCCAAGAUCAUAGUCGAGCAAUCCACAGUCAACGACAAAUACGUGCACCUUCGAUUUUAUAUCAACAACAAAUACUGGCAUAAAAAUACACGAGACAACAGAAUCGUAGCCAGUUUGAAUCAGCCCAUAGAAGACACCACGGACCCAUCGUGCACGCUCUUCGAGCCCGCCUUCCCAUCCCAGAAUGAGGUCUACUUCACUCACGUCCAGACCGGGUGGCGCGUGAUAGCGAAAGCAGAAGGUCAUCGAAGAUACACUCUGUACGUGGAAGAAAAUAGCAGCGGCACGAACCUAGUGUUUGUGGAUAGGGAGACGCUGGUUAUACUGCCUGAGCAUCCGAUAGCAUUCAUUCACGGGAAGUACCUCAAAGCUUACGACGUCAACGGGAAGCGGCUGCAGUUUGGAUCAGACAAAGCUACCGAUAAAGAAUCUCUGCACUCGGCGAGUAUGAAGUCUAACGGAAUGGUCAUUAUAUCUUCACACUAUUUCGACUACUUCUGGUGGGUGAAUACCAAAGACUCUAACUGGGUGUACGGCGGCGACUACACAACACAGGGCUCUUCCGUCGUCCAAAUAUUCAAGCCGGUCAAAAUCGACGAAUAUGCCAUUGCACUUCUAAACCCCUCCGUCAACAAGUACUGCGUUCGAUCAACGGACAACUGCCUAGCUGCCACGAGCGACACCAUCACAUCAGAAGCGAUAAUCUUUGUAGAUGAGCUUGUGACGGAGAGGCAGAUUCUCAACUUGAACUAUGCAUUACGUGACCAGAGGAUAUAUGGGGAGACACCUUUUAUAGCAGGCACCACCACACUCACCAACUCGGCGCCUGUGGACCUAAUCAUGCCUGUGGAGAUCACCUACAUUGAUGAAAAGUCUUAUACUUUUAGCCGCGGGGGUGGUCGAUUGAAUGCCGGGGUGAAACACACCAUCUCUACAACGCCAUGGUUCAUUUCAAUCGGAAAAGUUAUCAUCCCUGGUGCUAUUAUUAUAAACGAGGAGUUUGAGUGGGACAAAGCCGAUACUGCUGCAAAUGAAGUUACGGCUGUGGGCACGGUUUCUGUGCCCAAGAAUAGUACGGUCACAGUUAGUUAUGUUGGGACAAAGGGCAUCUGCAGUAUCCCUUUUACUUACACUAAAGCAGACAAGAGUGCUAUCGAUGGCAAAACUUCAUUUGAAAAUUCUGUCCGAGGUGGUAUGUACGAGGGAGUCAGCUAUUACAACUUCAGAUUUCAAGUCGACAACAACUAACUUUCUUAUCUCAACAUCCAUCCAGCCGAUUGCCUUGUGUUCCGCUUGCAUGCCUUGUAUUCCUAUUCUGAUUGCCUUGUGUUCCGAUUGCCUGCCUUGUAUUCCUAUUCUGAUUGCCUUGUGUUCCGAUUGCCUUGUAUCCAUCUUCACUUUAUUAAUUUUCAAUAAAGAUGCAUGCCUUUGAUUA